AUGGGACAAGCAUCAUCAUUUCAGAAUCGACGACAAGAAAAUAUUUUGGAAAGAACAGAGACAGCUAAUGCAACACAUACGGGUCAUCAUCAUAACACAACAAUAGCAGAUACAUUAUCAUCAUCGGUGGAUAAUACGGAACAAAAUGAUACGGAAGGGUUGUCAUCUAAUGGAAAUGCAUCUAGAGCUAGUCGGUUUCGACGGCAUCUUACAGCAUUUUCGCGAUUGGGAGGGCUUUCGCCUAAUCGUCAUCAUACGUCAUCAUCAGUCUCAAGAAUCCCAUAUUCUAUCGGUAAUCGUCGACGGUCUAUGUUUGGGUCAUCAAUUCCACGAAGAAAUACAGUUUUUGAGCUACCACAGACUCAUUUUUCUAUAUCAUCGAAUCAGCUUACUACAACAGAAUAUUUAGAUUUACAUACAUUGAAUCGAGGUGAUUAUACUUUUACAGUCAGGGAUCUUCCUUUGGUUGAUAUGUCCGGUAUAGAGAAUUAUAUUCCAGAGAGACCAGUAUCGGAAUCAUCGGUAAAUAAUGAUCAUCAACUUUUUAGGGGAAUUAUUCGACGAUCUCAACGUAAUACUUUAUCUAGAAAUACUAGAAGAGCACUCGAAAUAUCAGGACGUAUUAGAACUAAUAAUGAUGCAAUUAUGCAACAUUCAUUUAAUGGAAGUGGGCUAAAUGCCAUUUCUCUUCGUCCUGGAGAAGAUCAAGCAGCCGUGCUUUCUCGUCUUUUAUCUGUAGCAGCGGCAGCUACGGCUGCAUCUCUUGUUGGGAACAAUGAGCAAGCUAUUGCAGAGGCACAAGACAUAGCCAUGUCUCAGAAUCCAACAAAUGAUAGGGAUUCACAUGUUGUUGAUGGAAGUUUUGAAGGCUUUUUAAGAGCAUUACAAAAUGGAAGGCUUGCAGCUGCUUUAAGGAAUGGAGGAAGUGAGAAUGGAGGAGGUAUACCAAAUGAAAACGAAGAAAAUUCUUCGAUUCAACCUCUUAAUUUUUUCCGUAUGUUUCGUUUCGGAAAUUCACAAGGAAGCACUCAAGAAGGCGAGGAUGAUCCACAAAAUCCAAGACUUGUGCCUAUAAUUAUUGUUGGGAUUAGGUCGGUUCCUCCACGAGAUAUUACAAGUCCUGGUACACAACAUACAUCUCCUUUUUUCGACACACUUGCAAAUUUAUCAGUAAAUAUGCCUCUUAAUUACGAGACGUCUUAUCAGAGAGAUACUGAGGAACGUGAAGCAAAUGAGCAAGGCGUUUUCUCGUCAAAUUCACCUAUUCAUUCUAUUUCAAUGUCAGAAAGACCUAUCUCCAGUUCUAUGAAUAUUGUAGACGAAAAUUUAUCUAAUAAUGAAGGAAUAGUUAAUAACUUAGAACCGUCAAGACCAUCUUCUAUUUCUGCGUCAAUUUUCCAAAAUUUAGGAUCAACAGAUCAAAUAUCACGAUAUGAUACGAAUAUUCAUUCUUCAAUGCCCUCGGGAGAAUCUAGCAUACAACACCAUAAUUCUUUUCAUAUUGGAAGUUCGUUUACGCAAAGACAUUCGAAUCUUAACGAGCAUGUUUCUGAAAAUGCAAACUUAAAUAAUAACAAUACUUCUGAAUUAAACAUCAAUAGCAUUGAAAGGGUUGACAAUAAUAAUGCUAGUAGAAUUAAUAGCAAUAUCAAUGGAACCAGUAGAAAUGAUAACAGUAGAUCUGAUAGAAGUAGUACUACUAGGUCUGGUAGUAGUAAUAUUGAUAAUCGACACAAUUCGACUAGAUCCUGGAUCAUAUAUGUUCUUGGCGGUUCUUAUCCAGAAGAUCAUCCGAUCCUUACAACACCUAGCUUGUUUACUGAUUCACCAACAUAUGAAGAUAUGCUAUUAUUAUCAUCUUUAAUCGGACCUGCCAAAUCACCUGUCGCUACAAAAGAUGAAAUAGAAUCAGCAGGCGGUUUACAUGUAUUAUCUGUUAAUUCAUCCUCUGCAGAUAUAUAUCUUGAAGAAAGAUGUGUUAUAUGCUUAAAUAAUUAUGAAAUUGGUGAGGAAUGUCGUCAGCUUAAUAAAUGUAAACAUUUUUUUCAUAAAGCUUGUAUUGAUGAAUGGUUAAUGACUGGUCGUAAUACUUGUCCCACAUGCAGAGCAGAGGGCGUGAAUUCACGAAAGAACAAAUCUCCUACAUCUAACAUUACAUCUGAACAAUCCAGCACGAAUAUACCUAUGACUGGCGUUUAAUGUGUUGUAGUUGAUUUUCUUAAUAUAAAGAUUAUAUUGGUCGUUUUAUACAUACCUAUACAUAUCUAUAAUAUUACCAACACAGAUAUUUGGAAUUCCUUUUUUUGUUGAACUAGUAUUCAUACCUUAGAAAUGAUGUUUUCAUAUUACAACACAAACGAAAGC